ACAAGUCAGAGAUACCUCUGAACAUGGAAAAUCUCUCCGUCAACAACAACAGCGGCCAGUCAUACGGCUACACUCUCUAUGAAACCACCGUCACCAGCGGAGGAACCCUGGACUCCAUGAACAACAUCAGAGACCGAGCAUUGGUUUUUGUAGAGAGAGAAUAUGUUGGAUGUUUGGACUACAAGACUCACAAGGUCACCCUCCCCGAAGCUGAGGGAGCGCGCACAUUGAGUUUUCUUGUGGAGAACUGCGGUCGAGUGAAUUACGGCAAAGCUCUUAAUGAACAACGUAAAGGUAUCGUAGGAGACAUCGUUUUGAAUCACUCCCCUCUGAGAGGGUUCAACAUCUUCUGCUUGGAUAUGAAGCCAUGUUUCAUAAGAAGAUUAACAAAUUCAGCUCAGUGGAAGACUGACUUCAAGUCACUUGCUGUGCCAGGAUUCAUUCAAGCCAAGCUCAAUGUGGAUGGCCCACCCACAGAUACCUUCAUCCACAUGCCUGAAUGGGGUAAGGGGGUUGUAUUCGUUAAUGGACAGAAUCUUGGCCGUUACUGGUUUAUUGGUCCUCAACGUUCCCUUUACCUCCCUGGACAUUGGCUCAGGAGUGGAGAGAAUCAGAUCAUUAUAUUUGAGGAGCAAAGAACAAAUGAGAAGAUAGAGUUUAAGGAGAAUCCUGAUCAUGGAAAGACUAUUGAUGUUUAUAAACUGCCCUUUUGCACUCUGCUGUAAAAAAUGUGUCCAAACACAGCUUUUGCAUGUACUUGAAUGUAACCUUCAUUGGACUUGUGCUGCUGCUCCAUUUGAAGUAACUUUUCAAAAGUCGUUUAAAGAAAUGAGACAUUCUGAAUUAUUUAUUUAUGUAAUGAGAGAAAAAUAACUUGUGAUUAGGUUAUAAGUGCGUUAGACACCUUAGCUUCCUAUUGGACAAAGCGCCUGUCACUCAUCUCCAUCUAAAUAUGGACCGUGGAUGACCACAGCGGAAAACGUGUACUCCCUUUCACAAUAAAAAUAAUAAA